AUGGCGGCCAAGUCGGACGGCAGCGGCUUCUCGCAGCUGCACAACCUGGACGACCUCCCGCACCAUCAUCCGCACCACGCCGCCGCAGCCGCGGCCGGCCCGGGCGGCUGCGGCGGCGCGGGGGACGAGGCCGGGGGCAGCAGCUCCAUGCACAUUUGCCAUUGCUGCAACACGUCAUCGUGCUAUUGGGGCUGCCGGAGCGCCUGCCUACGAAGCUUGCUGGGCCGGGCCGGGGGGUCGGCCUCGGGGGGCCCGGGAGGCGGCACGGACCCGCUGGAGCCGGCCGACGGGCAGCCGCCCUCGCCCUCGGCGGCGGUGGUGGCGCUGGCGGUGGAGCGGCCGUGGCUGGACUGUCUGUGGAUCGUGCUGGCGCUCCUGGUGCUGUUGGGCGAUGUGGGCACCGACCUCUGGCUGGCCCUGGACCACUACGGCCGGCGGGACUACCUGUGGUGUGGCCUGACGCUGGCCUUCGUCCUCCUGCCUUCGGUCUUGGUGCAAAUCCUCAGCUUCCGAUGGUUCGUGCAAGACUACACCGGCGGAGGCCUGGGGGCCGUGCAGGGCCUCACCAGCCGCGGCCCUCCCAUGAUGGGCUCGGUCGGAGGGGGCCGACGGGCUGGCCCGGGACAUCACGCCGCCCCUCCCGGCGCACAGCGCCUCUGCAGGCUUUCCGUCUGGAUCUGGCAGACUGUUAUCCACCUGCUGCAGAUGGGACAGGUCUGGAGAUAUAUCCGAACCAUGUAUCUGGGGAUCCAAAGCCAGAGGCAAAAGGAACACCAGCGGCGCUUUUACUGGGCUAUGAUGUAUGAGUAUGCAGAUGUCAACAUGCUGCGCCUCUUAGAGACUUUUCUCGAGAGCGCCCCACAAUUGGUGCUACAACUCUGCAUAAUGAUCCAGAAGAACCGUGCAGAAGCUUUACCAUGUGUAUCCUCUGUGGCCUCCCUGAUGUCCCUGGCUUGGGUGCUAGCCUCCUAUCACAAGCUUCUCCGGGACUCUAGGGAUGAUAAGAAGAGCAUGAGUUAUAGAGGAGCCCUUAUCCAUCUCUUCUGGCGUCUCUUCACCAUCUCAUCCAGAGUUAUCUCUUUUGCCCUCUUUGCUUCCAUCUUCCAGCUCUAUUUUGGGAUCUUUGUCGUGGUCCACUGGUGCGCCAUGGCCUUCUGGAUCAUCCAUGGUGGGACAGAUUUCUGCAUGUCUAAAUGGGAAGAGAUUCUCUUCAACAUGGUGGUAGGGAUUGUGUACAUUUUUUGCUGGUUUAAUGUCAAGGAAGGGCGGACCCGAUACCGAAUGUUUGCCUAUUACACCAUAGUCUUGACAGAGAAUGCUGCCUUGACGCUCCUUUGGUAUUGUUACAGAGAUCCCGACACUACUGACUCAUAUGCUGUGCCAGCGCUUUGUUGUGUCUUUCUUAGCUUUGCUGCUGGGAUAGCACUGAUGCUCUUAUAUUACGGCAUCCUGCAUCCCAUGGGGCCGAGAGCUAAGAUUUUUGCCAGCUCCUGUUGCGCCGAGCUGCUCUGGGGCAUUCCUUUGCCCCCUGACAUUGAACCCAUGGCUCCUCAAACCCCUGGGUAUAGGGUGGCCCAGGCUACGCCUCCCAGAGCGGCCACGGAGCAACAGGAGGAACUCACAGCUGACACAUGCUUACCAGUUUUCCAAGUGAGAGCUAUGGUGCCAUCAACUCCGUCUGGGAGACCAUUCCACCCAGAAGGCCCUCUCAUUAAGAUAGACAUCCCAAGAAAGAGAUACCCAGCUUGGGAUGCUCAUUUUGUAGACCGAAGGUUGAGAAGGACUAUAAACAUUCUCCAGUAUGUCACCCCCACCGCUGUAGGCAUUAGGUAUAGAGAUGGACCUCUCUUGUAUGAAUUGCUACAGUAUGAAUCUUCACUUUAAAAGCUCCUUUAAAUGCAAAUGCCCCUACACACACACACACACACACACACAAAACACACACAAACAGAUACACAGAGACAUGCACACUAUUGCAAAUAAACACCCACCUAUUAAAAGAGGGAUUUCAUGGGUGGGGGGGGAGACGUGGGUUAACUGUUUAUGGUCAAGACAGUUCUGAAAUAACCUUCCAAUAAGUUUUCUUUCUGGUUGCUGUAUGUAUUUAAAGGAAAGAGAGAUCCUCUAUGUUUUAUAAGUAAAAACGAAAUGGAAAGGUUUUCUUUUGUUUUUUACACACAGGAGAAAACAAGAACAACAACACAAACCAACCAGUAUUGCAAACUUCCACGAUUCAGAGGUUGGAGAAAAAUUAAUUACUUCACCUCUGAGUUUUAUAUCUUACACCAAGUGUAGGACAUUAAUAUAGGGAUUGGUGCUGAUUGAAAAUAAUAAUACUAAUAAUAAAAAAUAAAACAAACAAACAAAAAACCUACAACUGCCUUAUGCCCUUAGGUGCUGAGUUUCAUUAUGUACUGUCAUCUUCCUCAUGCAAAAUGUUUGAUUAUUUUAAUGACAUAUAAAUAAAUAGCUAGAUAUAGUGACACACACACACAUAGCUGUGUGUAUGUGUUUAUACAUAAUAAGAAAUUGUACAAAAGAAUCAGGUAAAAAGGAAAUGCCAUUGGUUUAGUUAGAUUGGCACAAUACAGGUGAAAAUGAUUACCCUUCCACCCCCUAGUGAAGGAAAUGCCAAACUAAGUUUGAAGAGGGUUCAUGGCUGUGUUUUGACUGGCGUAAAAGUUACUUUAAUUUGAUAUAUUUAAGUUCCACUUCCUCAUGCCACUUUGAAUGAGACUGUGCAUUAACUACAUCCCUGCUACAGAAAAAAGGGGGUGAUUCUUUAUGAUUCACUAUAUUAAGCUUGAAUCUCAGGGUAUAAUCCUCUUUCCCCCCCCAAAAAGCAAUGAAAACCCAGAUUUUGACUUGCAUCUGUUGUACAAUGACCCAACAAUUAGCAUGGUUCAGAAGCACAAAAAUAUCCCUUCUGGCAUAGAGUCUGCCCAGUUCAUUGAAAUGGGAGAUGUUUUAAAAAGUUCAUGCGCAAAGCUGCUUAUUUACAUUGAAUUGAAUAGGGAAAGCAUUAUAUCCAUUUACCUAUCUUCUUAUCUGAAAAAGUUGAACCAAGGUGCAAGUCUCCAAAAUCAAGUUAUUUCAUUGGUUUUUAAUGCAAUUGUCAUUGGUAUCUUUAAACUUUAAAGCAUAACUGGUCUAUUUGAUUUCUUGGAACACCUUUUAGAUUACCUUUAAUUUUAAAUUGUACCAAAAACAAGCAUGAGAGAAAAGAAGUAGUAUUUGAAGGAAUUUAUAAAGUAUUUAAAAAUUCCAUAACAAUUUCUCUCCUCCCCUCUCCCAAUCAUUUUCAGUCUUAAUAAAACUCAGCAUAGUAGCAAAAAGAAAGUCCAUUUAAAGGAACAUGCUUUGAUUGGAAAUUGGGCUUCUGACUACAGGCAUCAUUUUAAGGCUACAAAGAUGGAUAUAUGAAUUGAAUUUGCAAUGAUGCAGCUUGUUUUUGUGUGAGCCUUAAAGUGAUCUUAUGGCAUUCUCUGGUUUGUUUAUGUUUUUCUAUUUUCUAAGGAAAAGAGGAAAACAAAAAAAAUGAAAAUGGAGGAUUGAAUCUCUGUAUGGAAAUAACUCAUUACUGAUGUGUUUCUGGUGAAAAUUUGGUGCUUAAUAUUUCUAUUGUUUCUAUAGUUGUCAUGAUUUAGCCAAGAAUCAUUUGACUCUAAUACCAUUUCUGGGGAACUACAAACACAGACUUGUUCUGAUGGUGUCCUCCACUGAAUGUAUGUAGAAAAGAAACCACCAUCCAAACAACAAGAGGACAGAUUAGUAUAGAAUUUCAACCUCAACGUUUCAGAUACCUGCUCACAGGAAAACUCUACAGCUAGACUCUGCAUAAACCAUUUGAUGUCCGAAGGUUAACAUUUUGCUUAUUUUCUUCUUUGGCUCUCAGCUGGAAUAGCAGACUGUGUACAAUAUUUCCAUUCAUGAAUUGCUUUGUUAAAAUUAUUUUUCUCUUGUCUAGGGCAUCUAAGAUUUCAGGCUCUUGUCACCAAUACAGAGGGACAAAAAGGGAACAAGUGAACCAUCCGAGACCAAUGCCAGUUUUGGGGUAUGGGUGAAAAUGUAAAAAACCGGCAUAGUGAUCCAAACCAAAUAGAUAUCUUCAGAAUAGAAAUCCAACAAGGGAGAAUGGGUGGAAACUAAACUGGUGGAAGCAUUUGAAAAAGUCAUACUAAUUGUAUAUUUUAAGCUGAAAGUUCUUUUCACCUGAAUAUACCUGACAGUAACAGAUUUUUCAGUGAUGCAGGCAUUGUUAUCAUUAUUAUUACCAAUAUGCUUCAGAAAAGGGUUGAGGAUUUAUUAGGGUAAACUCCAAAUGCACAAAAGUCUUAUUAUUUUUAAAAAACCAAAUGUUUACUAGUCUCAGGGCAAUUAAUAAUUCUUUUAGAUUUAGCAACUCUGGGCUUCUUACUGAAAUUUGUCGUAUGGCUAUCUUUUUAUCCACUGUCAUAUUUUUUAUUUUUUCUUAUUUACUGAGGAUAGUCUUAUUUCAAGCAUCCUAUUUUUAAUAAAGCACUGUAUUCAUUUUUUAUUGGAGGGCAGAUACUAAAAUUGAAAUUCUAUGCCCCUACCCAGAACCCUGGCUGUUUAAAUAUACGUAACAGAUACCUUCUUGUAUUUAUUUAUUUAAGAAAAUUUGUAUGGCUGCCUACCCACUCACUCUCAGUGACUGAAAAAUUAGAGAAAAUAUUUUUGCACAGGCAAAAAAUGCAAAAAAAUUACAAAAUGUUUGGGUCAACAUAAUAACACUAUCACUAUUAGCAACCCUAAUUUAAUAAUGAACAGGGUUUCCCUUUCUGACUUUUCCCCCAUAGAAAUGAAAACUGGUAGACUCACACAGCAUUUCACCUGUAAAAUUAAAAAUGAAGGUUUUUGGUAGAAGUACUCAUUAUGUGUAAAGAAUUCUACAAAUGAUUUGUCUGUAACAAAAUGCUGCCACUGUUCUAUUUUUAAAUUUCCCCUCCAUUACCUCUGAAUCCAAAUAAUAAAUAGCAAAUAAGACUGACAAAAUUUGCCAUGCAGCAAGUUUAUUUUAAUAAACCUGAUUAUUAAGGCAUUUUCUUUUUAGGAUAUAGUAUUGAAGAGAAAUUAAAGGAAUAGAGAAGAAAAUGCAAAUAUGUCUGAAAUAUGCAGCACUGCUUCAGUUCUCAAAUAGAGUAGUAUAAAAUAUGUGUUUAAAUCAAACAGUCCCAAUGUAAUAUCCUUUACUUCAUGCCAUCAACCAUAAUAGUACAUUCUUCUACAUAAAGAUGAAUCACUCUAUUGAUUGAUUAAUUUAUCAUAAUAAAAGUAGUCCAGCCUUUUCAUAGUCAUUAUGGGACUGUGCUUUGUUAGACUUCGAAUUAGAUAGCAACUACUAUCUGAAACCAGCUAAACAUUAAAAAAAUGAAAACAAAUUCAAUGAACAGAAAAAUCUUCAUAUCAUGGAUAUCACUUCAUAUCAGUUUUCUACUACUACAAGUAAUGCAUCAUAUUAACAAAGGUCUCCUUGUCAUGACAGUUAUUGAUCUAGAAGGCUUCAGAUAAUUCUCUCUAUAUAUUUUUCUCCUUUUUACACAUUCUUUAAUUCUCAUCCCCCAUCCCAAGACAAAUACUUCCAAACUGAAAAUAGUAUAGGAGAGUAAGUCACUGAUUUGGUUAUUUUCUGGCUGCAGGGAGAAAAGCAUUCAGCAUGGGAUAUCAUCUUUAUUUGGCGCUACAGAGGCCCCAAGACUUUCUUGCCAAAAUACAAAGGAUGGAGGGCUCUCUCCAGUAUUCAGUUUCAAAAUGAGCCUGUGAUCCAAAGAAAAAAUAGUACUAAAUAAAACAAACCCUCAGAAGAAGUAGUAACAUUACCUUCCAAUAAAUGGCUGUUUUGUGAUUAGCUAGGCCCACCUUGGCAGCCAUUUUAGGAUUAAGCAUGAUAGUCCUUGUAGCAGCUUGUUUGUCAGAAUAGCCAUAAUUUUUCACAAUGGGUCACCUAUUCCAAGGAAUUGUUUACUAUGGGAAAACAAUUCCUUUAGUUUCUCAGCAAUAAAUAUUAUUCCCACUCUCCCUUGAAACUGCAGGGCAAAAUAUCUCAUUUAUUGUUCCCAUGAUAUUGUUUGAAUUGGAUAUAGUCAGAUAGGAUUAAUGUCAGAUUAAGACUAGGAAGACUCAGGAUCAAAUGCUUAUAUUCUUAUGAAACUGACUGAAUGACAUUAUAAUAGUUAUCUUCUCUUGGCCUAACAUAUUAAAAACAGUUUUAAAGAUCAUAUAGUGUGUGUGGGGGGGGGGUGUAGAAAAAUGGAUACCUGGCUCUGAGAUCCUUGAAGAAUCUUGGAAUAUAAAUGUAAUAAAUUAUCCAUCCAGGAACACAGCACUCUUCUGCAACUAAUUAAAGCAGUCAUAAUUUUAUUCAGGCUUCUAUAUGGAAGCUUAUAAAAAAGAAGUGAUUGCUAUAACGAAGAGCAAAGAGCUUCCAUCCUUCUGCUUGUAUCAAAUCCAAAACGCUUCUUCCAUUUCAAAGCUUGUUUGGCCCACAUAUAUCUCUGUUAACUUUUAGUUCUAUGUGUAAUUGAAAGGUAAGAUAUACACUUAAUAAAUCAAUAAUGAAUUCCAAUUAUGACAUUUCAUCAUUCUGGAAACUCACCAAAGUCUGAGUUAAAACUUUAAAGUGUGCUUCAGUUGUAUGCAGGAUAAAAUACCAGAAAUAGAUCUUUACUAAAUCCCUUAAAUGAUCAUGUGUCACUAGUUCUUAGUCCACCUCACAAGAUUAUUGUUAAGAAAAGGAAGCUUGCUCUUGAAAAAAAUAUAUAGAAAUUAGUGCUAUCCUUUAUGUUCCCUUUUUGGUUUCUUUUGUUUGUUAUUUUUAUGGUUGGUUAGUUGAUUUGGUUUUGUUUGUUUCUUUAU